AUGUGUAGGCUGGAUCCGAUCACUGAGAAGGAAAAUGAAGCACAGUACAUCCUUCAUCAUGCGCUGACAGUGUUUGCUCGGGGUGGAAGGUUCCUUACUGAACAAGCGGAAUUCUUAUCCGGCCGUAUUUUGGACCUUGAAACGGGCUCUGGAAUUUGGCCUGUUGAAUUGGCAAGGCUCAGUACUAAGCUGGAAGUUAUAGUAACUGGGUUUCGAGGUUUAAAUUCAUGGCUGCCAGACAACGUUAAGAUUAUGGAGGAUUGGUCUUCCGUGGGGCCCUUUGACGUCGUCCAUAAACGCUUUCUUUUCCCCACGAAGGUUUCUUGGGAGCUGCUUUUCAAAUCCACAAAACCAAACGGACACAUUGAGGUGGAAAUCGUUGAUUGGAGACCUUACGGCAGUAGUGGCAAUCUGCUUCAAGAGUCAUGUCUUUUUGAAUGGGCCCAAAUGACGCAAAAUGAUUUUCAGGAUAUACAACAUAAACUCGAGGAAGCCGGGUUUAUCAAUGUUAUAGUGAAGUCUUUCGAACUUCCCAUUGGCCCAUGGAACAAACAAAUGCCGCGCCUCGGGGAGUUUUUCAGUCGUGCUUUGUUUGAAAUGUUGAAAAUCUCGGCUGAAAACAACGACGAAGCAAAGGAAAUCAUUGAGAAAUGCAUAGAGGAAACCAAGAACCCAAAAAUGCAUGCAAAGUGCAAGUAUUUGGUUGUGACUGGGCGGAGACCUUGGGAGCGAUGA